AUGUACCAAGUGACAAAGGUAUGUUGCUUUGUGGCAUUAGCUGUAUGUGUAUCAGGAUCAGCAAUACCUGUAGUUAACUACGCCCCUAUCAACGUCAUCGACAAGAUCCCUAACCCUAGUUACGCAUUUAACUACGCCGUAAACGACCCGUCGACUGGAGAUAACAAAGCCCAGUGGGAGACGAGGGACGGAGACUUGGUAAAAGGAGAGUACUCGCUGGUAGAGCCCGAUGGCAACGUAAGAGUGGUUGAAUACACAGCCGACCCUCUGAGAGGAUUCAACGCAGUGGUGAAGAAGACCGGACCGAAUAUCCACUCCGUGGCACCAGUGGCCAUCGCUCCAGUUGCCCCGAUCGCACCGGUUGCCCAUAUUGCCCCAAUCGUCGAGCCCGCACCGAUAACGGAGAUAGUGCAUGACGUUGGACCUGCUGUCCCGAUUGCACCUAUCGCUCCGAUUGCCCCAAUAGUUUCAGUAGAGCACGCGCCUAUUUUAACGCCUUUAAUCGAACCAGCCCCUAUCAUUGCGCCUCUACCGUACCUCCCCCUUCCCGCACCAGGACCCCUAGUCUCCCUUACAGGAACAACAUACGGCGCCAAAGGGCACAUCGUCCGAAGAUGGACCGCCGGACCGAUCUCGUUAGACGGCAAAACGCUCACGAUUAGAACUAGAAAACAUUAG